AUGAAGGUACAUUGUAUUAUAUAUCUAAGCUACAACCAGUUGCAAAAGUACUUGAGACACUGUACCCUAUUUUAGCUUAAAUGGCCUGCCCAUGAUCUUGUGCUUGUGAACCCCCCUCCACCCCUUAUUAAACUUGCAAGAUCAUGCUCAAAAGUUAAAGGAACAACUUUGUAUGGAGAGAAGGAAGUAGGUGAGUAUUUUCUUUUACAGAAGUGUGACUAUGGCAGUGAUUUGCAGUAAGGUCAGUUUUUCGUCGGAGUGUCUCAACAUUUUUGUACUGGUUGUAGCUUUAUUCUAAAGUCAUAGUGGAGGUGAUUGGUUAUUCUUUUAAUUAGUUAUUGGCAAAUUUGAUGUAAGACCUCAAGUCUGUUAAAUAGGCCCAGUUCUGCAAGGUUAAUUGGUUAGCCCAAUAAAUUAUAUAAUUUUAUGCUAUAAAGGCCAAUAAUAACGGACAGGCGGAUGAGCGGGUGAAUGGCCAUUAUGUGACUGCCAAGAAUUCUCAAAUGGAUAACUCACCUAAGUUUUUUGGCGAAGGGGCUUCAUUUGCAGGAGCUCUGCUAUAAGUUAUUGCUAAUAAUAUUCAGAUUUAUGAGUGUCCUUGCGUUUGGUUAACUUACAGUGCAUUUAAUAAAAAUGUAAUUAACGGAUUUUCUUUGUUCUGCUAAUUCUUAAAUAGAACAUUGAUUAUGGAAAUGACUGGAAACUUCUCACCACGUGGAUUGGAACAGAAGAUCUGUGUCAAGUUUGCACAGACAUGGUAUGAUUGCAUUGAAUUACAUUGUGUAUGGAAUCAAAUUGAAUUUAUUUGUGUCGUAUUUUGGCCUGGGCUCAUCAAUUUUAUGACUUAUAGUUCAUUCAGUUGUGCUAAUAGUGCUACUCAUAAAAAUUCAAGGAAUCACGAUUAAACACUUGUUUAUUAAGGGUGGUGUAAUGAUUGGUCUUGGAUUUCAUAUAUUAUUUUCUUAUUUAAAUAAGGAGGUAGUGUGGCCGAACUGUUAGAGCACUGGACUUGCAAUUGGGACUCCCCAGGUUCAAGCCCCGCUCUAACUGUCAGCUGGGUUUGUUUUUGGCAGUUCUAUGUUCAGCUCCUUAGCCAAGCUUGUAAAUUUCUAACUGGCUUGCUCUUUAAAGCCAGUGGGGAUUCUAACUUGUUUUGCUUGUUGCACUAAUUUUUUGUUUCUGUCCUUAAUUGUGGGCCACAUUUUAGACUAUGCAGUUACCAGAAAAUAAUUUGUGUUAUCCAUUACAGUAAAAGUCAUAAAAUAUAAAUUUCUAUAUAAUUUUUCAGGAUAAACUUGGCCCAAGGUCUUUCAACAACAACAGCAACAACAACAACAAUUUAUUUAUUUAAAGAAAUAUAAAGUUUACAAUUCUUCAUGUCCUGCAAAUCGCUUUAAUGCUAAUCUAGGCAGGACAAGACUUUAAUUUAAAGGUGUUAUUAAAUUGCAUAAGAAAAAAAGAAAAGAAAAGAAAUACAAUAACAUACUGAAAGAAACACCUUACAUAUAAAUUCAGCUACAGGGGAAAUAUAGGUAUGAUUAAAUAUUUUACCUUUAUUUUCUCUUUCAUUUUUGUAGAAAAAAUACAACAUAGUUUGUUACAAGGAUAUAAGCGUUGUUCUGAUAUCCCUUCACUGUUGCGUUGUUUGACUGAACAGGUAUCCCAUCUUUUUGUCAACUUGUUCCCGCCUAUGGACGUGUCUCUACUUUAUAAAUUACAUGGAGGAUCUUCCAAGUCCUGUGAAAUCAUGGGCUGGAGAGUGAAAUACAGAAUGUUUAGGUAACACUCACGGCUUUGUGGGGUGAUAAUUUGACCAUUUCAGCUGCCAAAGUUGCAUGCAUAAUUUUAAUUCAUUAUCUUGUUGGGUUUCAUUUCCUGGGGUAGAUCGUUUUAAUUGAUCUGGGAAAAAGGUUGUUGACUGGUUUCAGUGAUUUGAGCUACAUGCACUUUGAUUUUUUAAACCUGAAGCUGACAUUGUAGCAAUUGUCAGAAAUUUAAACUUAGGUUAAUUAAAACCAUUAGCAUGUGAUAUAUCGGAUUUGAGGCUAGGUUACUGGUACGCAAUGUUCUGAAUGUUUCCAAGAGUUGUGCAGUCAGUCUGGUACACUUCUUGUGAACUGUGGUUUUUCUGAAACUAUUAGUCGUUCAGUAAAUUAUUUUCUAUGAGUUAUAUUCCGUGGCAGUAGUCUAAACCUCCCCUUACCUUUUUUCUUAUAAAGUCGGCAAUACUCAAUGUGAUUGCUGUUGUGUUCUAUUUCUUUCAGGAAUUCAUGCCAGUGCCUGAAGAAAGGUGGCGAGGAAAGAGCCAAAAUUUCCCAAGCAGUGAAAAAUUGCAAGGUAACUUGUCGCGUAGCUCUAAUAAGGAUGGGAUGCCUGAUACAGAAUAAAACUUUGAAAAACCUUGAGAUCUCUUGUAAUGUUGACGUCGUUUAGAAUUUGUAAUGUUCUUGUUGGAGGUGUCUUAGGUGGUGUUAUUAACGUUUAUUUAAUUACCGUUUUUAGCAACUAGUAAGCAGUGGUCUUUAUAUGACACACAGAAUAACUUUUGCGGUGGUUAUUCAACCUGCUCUUCAACUGCCUCCGAAAACUAAGGUACUGUAGGCUGCUCUUUUGCUAUUUAAUUAGUUUCCGUUAUCUGAGUGUUCAUAGUCAACGUUGUCAGAAAAUAACUUAUGAUUGUUACCCAGAUGUCGCUCAUGUAGUUUAUUGAUAUUUCUGGUAGUAAGCGGAGCUUGUUGAGCAUGAUCUUGGAAAAAGGCCGAGGGCUGCUCUUUUGGCUUUGUUUUUCACGCAUCUCUAUACCCAACCAAGGAUCCUGUUCAUGGAUUAAGACGGACCUUAUAGAACGUUUUCACUCUCGUAGCCAGCGUCUAUGAAAAUGUCUUGGAAAAAAGAAAGCUUUUACGUAAGAAAGGAGUUUAAUUCCCACAGGAUUUGUUUGGAAGACCAACAUGGCCGCUGUUUCAUUGUUAUUGCCGCCGUGACGUCAUGUGAAAACGCUAUAUAGUUCAAGUAUCUUGCACCAGCGCGUGAGCGGGAUUAUUUGAUACCCCCCCUUCCCCCAAUUUAAGCCUGCUUUAAACCAUAGUCUCUUCUUUAAAAGGGCAUUUAUAUAGCUUCCCACGGGUCCACCAGGGCUCGUUAUCAUCCAGCAAAGCCAGAAGUUUUGAAUCAAUAUCGUUACCCUUUCUUCUUGUAGGAUGACAAGUUAGUGGAGGAAAUUUUCGGCUUGGACUGUCUGCACUUUUCAGCACAGGGCCAUGCGGCAGCAGCUCUAGCCUUAUGGAGAAACAUGGUAUGGUAUUAUCUAAAAACCACGCCUAUGCUCUUUUCUGUCUAUGCUUUCCUCUUUCUUUACUUUCUUUUAUAGAGAUAGAAAUUCUACAAGUAAUAUUACUAAUUUGAUGUCUUAAAAGCGUUAAGUGUGGAAGGGAGUUUUCUUAUAGGCUGUGGGGUCAAGCUUCCUACGGAAGCAUGUUUAUAACAUGUAACAUGUUCCUUUAUCCAUUGUUUGUAGUUGGAGCCGUUUGGUUCUAAAACAAAAGGCUCGGGAGAUCAAGAAAAUCUCAAGUGUCCCACAAAGGUUUGUUUCAAACUGUACCAGAUUUUUCAGUUGACUUAAUUCAUGUCCAAAACAAAUGGUCUUGUCUCAAUGUAGUUAAUCAGUUAAAAGUCAGCGUAACUGUUGUCAUUCUGACGAUUUGUCCAAAUGUAGCCGUUUACCGCUCCACUAGAGCAGGUAAACGCCUCUUUAUAAAAGCUGGCACUUCCACUGUUUAUGUUAAGUAAAAAGUACGGACAUCUCUGUAAUGCAGACACUUGGCUCUUCCAUGGUAUAGGGCGGACUAUUAUUUUGUAACUUUAUGUUUUCAGAAAAACCCACACUUAUUCACCAAAACAAACACUAAAACUGUUAUGAGUGAACUGAUCAGUGACGAUGAUCAGGACUCCGCCACAGAUGACUUCCCUCCGGCCGCCGCUGUAGCGUUAGCUGUGUGUUUAACGGCUGUUGUGGUGAUUGUUGUUGUUUUUGUGUGGAGAACCCGGAAGUCAAGACGAAGACCAGAAGCAAGAAAACUUCUCUAUGCUUCCGGACCACACAAACCAAGGAUUUGAACCUGCCCAGAGCUUGCUUCAGUCCUCGUGGGAGCAGGCGAUGUAAAGAGGAGGAGUAGGUGUUGAAUCAAGCGCUUCUCGCGCUCUGCGUUCUCUCCUUACUUCUCACGCACCUACAACGCCCACGAAAGUGAGAAAUCCUGAAAACAAGAAAGCUUAUUAUAGAGUCAUUAUUGCCUCUACACUUACGUUGUAUAUUUUAAUCCAACUGUCUGCCAUUUCUAUAAAUCAACAGUGAUGUUAAACGAUAAAAUUCACGUGUUAAAGUGCUCACGAAGACGCGACCCUUAGUUGUCCUUUAUCAGUUUGAACUUGAAAAAAAAUCAAGCCCGAAUUCAAAAU